ACCAUGGAGGGAAAACCGUCCCUAAUGGAGAAGAACAUUCCACAGGGACGACAAGAACUCGUCGACGCUCGUGUACAACAGCGACGAUGUUCCAACGCAGCACUCUUGGCAGAGAAUGAGAUUUUUGAACGUUUUAUCACCCGCAUGGACCCUCAGGAACUCUUGUUGACCGAGCAUGAGAGUCUGGGAGUAGAGAAAACCACUGAGAGCAAGGGUCAAGAAUGGGGGCGGAGAUCUCAGUGCAACUUGCCCGAUGGCCUUUUGCAGCUAACAUUGGAACAGAAACUCUGCGUGGUGCAGAGGGAAGUAGCAGAGGUGAUAAAAGACAAAGAGAAGCACAGAGAAACAUUUGAGAGAACCAAGGACAACUACAAGGCCUCCCUGAAAGAAAUAGAAAUACAGCGUGCAGAUAUUCGCAGGUCCAAGAAUGAAUUGGAAGAUGCAAUGAUGAAGAUCUCAAACUUGAGAGAACCAGAGAAGGUGCUCCAGUACAUCAGGAGUAAGCAAGCUACCCAGUGUGAGACUUUGAAACUAAAGAUCCAAGCCCAGAAGCGGCAGGAGAAGAAGCUCCAGCAGCAGCUGCAGGAGAAGCGAGACAUGGGAAAAGCAGGACUUGAGGACAUUUUCAUGGAGUACAGCGAGCCGAUAAUCGACGCCAACAUUGGAGAGCUCCGAAUCAAACUUUUGCAAGCGCAGCGUGUCCUCAACUCUCACCAGUUCCCCUUCAAAAUGUGUGGACAGGAAGCACUUCAUGGUGUGACACAGGAGUCCGUAGAGCUGAGCAGUGACAUCACCAGGAGGAAGAAGAUGCUUCAGAAAAUUGAGCAGGAGAUACUGCGUGCUGAAGAGGAACGUUUGAAGGCCGAGGGCGUCAACAAGCAGCUGCGUCGCCUGAUGUCAGAGUACCAGGCGCCUGACGUUUCCCAAUACAUGCACAUCAAGGACGAACACAAGAAGCUGCAGCAGAGCGUUCACGCUUGGCAGAGGAAGGUUGGAGUUGCUGAGAUGACCUCAAAGACGAAAUCCUGGAAGCAACCCAGAGGCACUGCUGUAGACAGUGCAGAUGUUGGCACAGUGAAGCUGCCACACAUAGCAUAGAAUGCCAGUGGACACAGCGUAGAGUCAGAAGAAUUUAGAAUUAGAACUUAACUUCUUCUAAUGAUCAUGUUAAAUAUUACGGUCGUUUCUUAGUUGAGUUUCAAAUUUCCAGAAAACUUUGAUGGAAAAGUUCCAACAUUGGACACCUUUUAGGGCAAUCAAUUACAAUAUAUAGACAUUUACUGGAAAACAAAAAUAUCAAUUAAGAUAUUGCAAAGAAACAUUCAACCCCCGUAGAAAAUCACGUGACUUAGACAGUAGAGCGGCUGUGCCAGCAACAUGCGGGUUCCUGGUUUGAAUCCAGCUUCCGCCAUCCUAGCCACGUUGUGCCCUUGAGCAAGACACUUCACCCAACUUGCAUUUGAUAUAUCGUGGUUAGCAGUGGCGGGCCGUGCGUUUCCCACCUAGGCCUUCAGUGAUGUCCGACUUCAAUGAUUACCUCUCAAAAUACCAUAAUUGAUGUCACCACAUGACCUUUGCUGGAGAAAUACUAUACAGAAACACAUUUACAGUGUACAAAAUGGGUUAUUUUCUGGUGCAUUUAAAAAACAAUUCAAACGCAUCAGCAAUUAAAACAUAUCUUAUGUGGAACUGUCAAAAUUAAAAUUGCAAAAAACAUUAAAAGUGAAAAAAUUAAAUAUUUGAACUCACAAUUUGUAGCAGAUAUUCGACGCGGUAUAAGCCAGUGGUACCCCUCGUCGUCGGCUUUUUCGAGUGGAAAUGGCGAGCAUUUCCCCAUUUCGUCGCCAGAACAGCUGAGCUAGCUUCCGGGGUUGGCCGACAUCGUCUCACAAGAUGUAGUUUCUCUUUAAAUAUUCUUCUUGAAAAUGGCCUUGCAAAUAUAUAUCCGCCACCUAAUCAACGUUUUGUUCUCCUUCUCUGCUAUCCCGGUCUGGCUACGGCGCAACACUUCCUGCUAAAUUGCAACUUGUGAAUGGAUACUCACUUUGGAGUGUCAAGUGAGAAUCCAAUCACAGUCUCGUUAACAUCAGGCUACUUAUAUAGGCUACUGUCAACAACACGUGAUCUGAUUGGCUCUCACAACUGUCUCUCAACUCUGUGUUCUCAAAUUCAUAGUUCAACAUGAGGCCAUCUAAAGGCCUUACUGACAACUCGUGAUCUGAUUGGCUAUUGCAACUGUCUAUCAACUGUAUGUCCCCGUUCACUUACAGUGCACAGACGCCCGCAUUGUUGAUUCUGAAGGCUUUGGGCAGAUUUGGUACAGCAUGGCAACAUAAGCUAGCUGAAUUCUGAUUGGAUACAAACUAAAACUAAAAACAACAGCACUGGAAGGAGCAUAAUAUGACAUGAAGAGAAUAUGAAUACUUUUAGACAUUCAGGGAAAGUAAAUUAAAAAAUAAUUUAAUCUUUAAUUAUGAUCUUGAUUUCCGGUUAUGUUAGGCCAGCAGAGGGUUAGCGCAUUGCAUGGCAGCUUCCGCCAUCAGUGUGUAAAUGUGUGUGUGAAUGGUUGAAUGUGACCUACAGUGUAAAGUGCUUUGGGUAUCAUGCUGGUACAGUAUAGUAAAAGUGUUAUAUGAAUACAGAUCAUUUACAAUUAUUUACAAAAUGCAUAAAGAACCAAUAGAUUUAAAACAUUUUUAACAGUUGCAAGUAUAAUUUACAAUUGUGUCUGAUUCAUUUUGAGUGCAACUUAGUUCCAUUUUGUAUGAGAACAGAAGUGAAUGAAUGAAAUAAAAACAAAAAUAUGAAUGAUUAGGGGAAUGUUUUUUCUAUUAGAAUAGGUGAAUGACAAGUGUUUACAUGUAGACAUUAAACUGAUUCACAACACAACAUUGUUUAUAAUUGAAUGACCUUGUAGUUUACUGCCUGCCUUUAGCUGACCUGCAAUUUUACAGAUGUUUUUACUUUUCCGAUAAAAAAUAAAUACAAAGGCAGAUGGGAUAGGCCCCAACUCCCCUGUGAUUCCAAUGAGGACAAACUGUAUAGAAAAUAAACUAUAUAGACUGAGACUCAAUGAGUAUUUCAACUACAUUAGUUUGAUUUUGUUGUACUUUUUCAACAAAGUUCACAUCACUUCAGUCAGAUGGAAGACCUUUCCUCUCACGCGGCAAUUAACCGAAUAAAACAACUUCCAUGCAGUUAUACGCUGUGCAAUAACUCCACCUCACACUGGAUAAACAAUUUCAUUUAUUAGAAAGAGGUCACUUGAGGACCAGUUAUGAUGUUACAUGCCUUAUAUGCAUUUACAUACAUCAAAGUGCAGUAGGUGAUCUGCUUCUCUUAAUAUGAACUCUGCAGGAGGGCAUCAUUACUUGCAUGAAUGUGUCUGCUCAGCACACAGCAGCUGAAUGAAUGAAUGUCCAGAAACAUCUUUGAAGGCACUUUCACAAGUACGUUACAGUAGUACAGUUCUACUGUCCACAUCAUUACAGUAUAUGAUGAAAGCACACGUUCUUAUACUGCUUACUUAUUUAUCCUACAUCAUUUGCUCUCUAAAUAUCAGUCAGUUUUACUCAGAAACAAAAAAAUUAUAUACGUCAGUAAUCCAGAAAUCUAUGUAGCGUUCCGUGAAUAUACACAAACAAUACCUGUCGAGACACGUUAGAGAGCGUCACAAAAUCAGCAAUUGUUUGGAUGGACAUUCCUAAAACAACCUACAGAGAUUUAAAUAUACACACACACAAAUUGGAACUCUUGUUCGCUGCUGACUGGCACGGGUGCGGCGCUUCGACGCACCACUGCUGUCACACAGGAAAGGGAUUCAGAAUGUUCUAGUAACAUUCUCAUCACAGCAUGUAAGCUCUUGACAGAGCGAAGUUGUCAUCGUGAGUCCUUUACUAGCAACAAUACGUCUUUUGGAGAGUCCUCAUCCAUGCUUUGGCUGGACGACGCCAACCAAGCGACACUUUUUUGUGCACGUUUCCUAUUUAGAUGUCAAAUUUGAAUGAUGCUCAUAAAGUAGUGGUUUUCUCCGAGUGUUGACGCAAGAUGACGGCUCAACCAUGACUCAUUCAACAACACAGUACUAGAGAGUCUGUUGACAGCAGCUUUACAAUGGCAACUUAUAACAUGUGCAAGAUGUCAGAGGCGACAGCGGUCAGUGGAAAAAAAACAAGACGGUGGUUGUUAGUUCUCACUGAGCGCAGCCUCAGUGGUAAACAUGUGUUACAUGCACCAUGGAGUGUCCAGUUUUUGUUAACCUAACUAUGAUGCAACAUGACAGGGAGCCUUUGUGAUUUGUUGUUGGUGUUCAUUCUAGACUUAUCAAGGUUUUGAUUGGCCAGCUACAGUUUUAGGUGAAUCUGCUGCAUGCAUCGUGCAGCCUUUGUGGAAGUUGCUUUCGUUCCCAACCGUCACAUGGUGCAGGAUUUGUCCAACGAAUCCUGAGUGGACGUGGCGGGAGGGUGCGGCGUCUGACCGGUCUUGGGCACGACCGUUGGUUUGGGUCUCAAAGCGGGCGGCUUGAGUUGCACCCCCAUGCGGGGCGUGACCGCAGGUUUGAAGGUGCUCAUGUUGUCGCUGGAGGCGCUGGUGCUGCGGCGGAAAGGCGGCUCGGUGUUGGCGGUGGACCUGAGCAUGACGCCGUGGAUAGGAAGGCCGAGGGAUUCGCUGGAGCUGGCCGGCGUGGGACCCCCGACGCUACCGGGGGUCUGGCGCUGCUCCAGGGUAUCCAGCACCACGUCGGGGGCGUGCUUCGCCGAGCUCUGGCGCUCUAACUCGCGCAGCUCA